AUGGCAGACUCUGAAGAUGCGGGUGGCGCGUCCGUCUCCGAACCGUUGGAUCUGGUGCGUCUGUCGCUUGAUGAGAUUGUCUUCGUGAAGUUGCGUGGUGAUCGUGAGCUCAAAGGUCGUCUACAUGCCUACGAUAGUCAUUGCAAUUUGGUACUGGGAGAUGUUGAAGAGACUGUCUAUGUGGUAGAAGAAGAUGAGAACGAGGAAGAAACGAUCCGAGCGCUCAGCGAGUUCGCGGAAUACGCCGAAAAGCAGCAAGCGAGUCGCCCGGUCCCCGGUGUGCCCAGCGACAGCGGCUACUCCACCGCCAGUGUAUCUCGAGUUCACGAAGAACACGCCGAGCUGGACAUUCUCGACCAGCUGGGGUUGUCCGACACUCCAAAAUCAGUCCGAUUAAAAGAUAACUUGUUGGGAACGGGCGACCAAACCGAAGAUAGUCUACAAGACCUUGCCAGUCUCCUCCAGGCUCGCAUCGAUGAGGGCCAUGGCGAGACGAUCUUCGACUUGGGACUCGAGGACGGCGGCGAGUCGAUGACGUUUGACCUGGGGCAGUGGAAUAUGGCCUUGCGGCGCCUGAAGGAGGCGGCAGACACACUCCCAGCACACUGUCGCAUCCUCUUGACCUACAAUGUCGGCGGCCCCGAGGAGUCCCGGGUCCGGAAUGAUCGGGUUAAAGGGGCUUGGGGCAAAAUCCUCAUUCGGCAGCCUGCGGAUAGCGUCGAGGAGAUGGCGGAGAUCCGAGUUGCCGUUGUGGGAAAUGUGGAUGCCGGCAAGAGUACCAUGCUUGGAGUUCUCGUGAAGGGGAGUCUAGAUGAUGGUCGAGGCAAGGCCCGUGUCAACCUUUUCCGUCAUAAACACGAGAUUGAGAGUGGUCGGACCAGCUCGGUAGGAUUGGAGAUCAUGGGGUUCGACAGCCACGGGGAUAUCGUUGGCAGCGCACAGGGACGCAAGCUGUCCUGGGAGGAUAUUGGCAAACGGUCUGCGAAGGUGAUCUCCUUCACCGACCUUGCCGGCCAUGAGCGAUACUUGCGGACUACAGUCUUUGGCAUGCUGAGUAGCAGCCCGAGCUACUGUCUACUGAUGGUUGCGGCGAAUAACGGUCUAAUUGGGAUGAGUAAGGAACAUCUGGGGAUUGCGCUGGCGCUGAACGUUCCCGUCAUGGUCAUUGUCACCAAGAUUGAUAUCUGCCCUCCCCAGAUCCUGCAGGAGACUCUGUCCCAGCUUAAUAAGAUCCUUAAAUCCCCAGGGGCUCGCAAGAUUCCCGUCUUUGUCAAAGACAUGGACGAGACCAUCAACACCGCCACUCAGUUCGUCAGUCAGCGGAUCUGCCCCAUUUUCCAGGUGUCCAACGUCACCGGAGAGAAUCUGGACUUAGUCCGGACAUUCCUGAACAUCCUUCCUCACCGGGGCCAGUACAACGUCAACGCGCCCUUCGAGUUCCUCAUCAACGAUACGUUCUCGGUGCCGCACGUGGGCACCGUAGUGUCAGGAGUGGCCAAGUCUGGUGUGAUUCACGCCGGUGAUCCAGUGCUGGUGGGCCCCGACUCCCUGGGCCAGUUUACCACCACGACGAUCAAGUCUAUUGAGCGCAAAAGGAUUGGAGUGAACGCCUGCUUUGCGGGACAGUCUGGUUCGUUCGCCCUGAAGCGCGUUCGCCGGAAGGAAGUCCGGAAGGGCAUGGUGGUGCUCAAGAAAUUGGAUCAACCACCGAAAGUGUACCGCGAAUUCGUCGCGGAGGUUCUGAUCCUGUCGCAUGCCACGACCAUCAAACCCCGGUACCAGGCGAUGCUGCAUGUUGGAGCGGUGAGCCAGACCUGCUCCGUCAUUGACAUCGACCGUCCAUUCAUUCGCACCGGCGAUCGCGCACUGGUGGCUUUCCGGUUCGUCCAACGCCCGGAGUUCCUGGCUCCAGGCGAUCGAGUGCUCUUCCGCGAGGGUAAAACCAAGGGGCUAGGGAUCGUCAAAAGCGUGGGAUACGAUCCGGAGACGCCUCUGAACCCGGAAGAGAAAGAUGCGUCGGAAAAUAGCCAUUGA